AUGGCGUCCCUUUCGCUUGCACCUGUCAACAUCUUCAAAGCUGGUGCUGAUGAAGAAAGAGCAGAGACAGCUCGUCUGUCUUCCUUUAUUGGUGCCAUUGCUAUUGGAGACUUGGUAAAGAGCACUUUGGGACCCAAAGGCAUGGACAAAAUUCUUUUAAGCAGUGGACGAGAAGCCUCUCUUAUGGUGACCAAUGAUGGUGCAACUAUUCUAAAAAACAUUGGUGUUGAUAAUCCAGCAGCAAAAGUUUUAGUUGAUAUGUCACGGGUUCAGGAUGAUGAAGUUGGUGAUGGCACUACCUCUGUUACUGUUUUAGCAGCAGAAUUACUAAGGGAAGCAGAAUCUUUAAUUGCAAAAAAGAUUCAUCCGCAGACCAUCAUUGCAGGUUGGAGAGAAGCCACAAAGGCAGCAAGACAGGCUUUGUUGGAUUCUGCAGUUGAUCAUGGUUCUGAUGAAGAAAAAUUCCGCCAAGAUUUAAUGAACAUUGCAGGAACAACAUUAUCCUCAAAACUUCUUACUCAGCACAAAGAUCACUUCACUAAGUUAGCUGUAGAAGCUGUUCUCAGAUUGAAAGGCUCUGGUAAUCUGGAGGCAAUUCAUGUCAUCAAGAAGCUAGGAGGAAGUCUGGUGGAUUCCUAUUUAGAUGAAGGCUUUCUGUUGGAUAAAAAAAUUGGAGUAAAUCAACCAAAGCGAAUUGAAAAUGCUAAAAUUCUUAUUGCAAAUACUGGUAUGGAUACAGACAAAAUAAAGAUAUUUGGUUCCCGUGUAAGAGUUGAUUCUACAGCUAAGGUAGCUGAAAUAGAACAAGCAGAAAAGGAAAAAAUGAAGGAGAAAGUUGAACGUAUUCUUAAGCAUGGGAUAAAUUGCUUUAUUAACAGGCAAUUAAUUUAUAAUUAUCCUGAACAGCUCUUUGGUGCUGCUGGUGUUAUGGCUAUUGAACAUGCAGAUUUUGCAGGUGUAGAACGCCUGGCUCUUGUCACAGGUGGUGAAAUUGCCUCUACCUUUGACCACCCAGAACUUGUGAAACUUGGACAUUGCAAGCUUAUUGAGGAAGUCAUGAUUGGAGAAGACACGCUCAUUCACUUUUCCGGGGUAGCCCUUGGUGAGGCUUGCACUAUUGUUCUUCGUGGUGCCACUCAACAAAUUUUAGAUGAAGCAGAAAGAUCUUUGCAUGAUGCUCUUUGUGUUCUUGCACAAACUGUGAAGGAUUCUAGAACAGUUUAUGGAGGAGGCUGUUCAGAGAUGCUGAUGGCUAAUGCUGUGUCUCAGCUUGCCAAUAAAACACCAGGUAAAGAAGCUGUUGCAAUGGAGUCUUAUGCUAAAGCACUGAGAAUGUUGCCUACCAUAAUAGCUGACAACGCAGGCUAUGACAGUGCCGAUCUGGUGGCACAGCUCCGAGCUGCCCAUAGUGAAGGCAAUACAACUGCUGGACUGGAUAUGAAGGAAGGUACUAUUGGCGAUAUGGCAAUACUGGGCAUAACAGAAAGUUUCCAAGUGAAACGGCAAGUUCUUCUGAGUGCAGCUGAAGCAGCAGAGGUAAUUCUGCGUGUGGAUAAUAUCAUCAAAGCAGCACCAAGGAAACGUGUCCCUGAUCACCACCCUUGUUAA